AUGCCACCUCGCCCUCGUCCCCAACCCCGUUCCCGCCCGGACAGGCCUAUCAGGCUUGAUCCGCUCCCUGAGUAUCCAGAGAUCAUCCUCGGCCUCAACCUCAGCCCGACCGUAAGGCCGCCUGUAUUCCACUGGAUCCUCUUCGUACCGGACCAUGGCGCUACUCGUCGGCAACUCACCGCGGGAGAGAAGAUGCAUGCCCUCUGUCGAUUCCAGCCAGGCCCCGAUGGUACCAUGAUCGAAAAUUGGGAUUACGAGUCCACGAAGUUCACGCUUGGCCAAUCGCAUACCCUCGCAGCCGCCGCAGUGCUAGGGCAGCUGCCUCCCGGGAGGACGAUCAAAGGUUUAAGCAGACUUCUGGGGGCGAUCCCCAUGAGUGUGCCGGCGGUCGAUGCGAGACGGGAGCCGGUGUUCACCUGCAGGGUGUGGGCCCGUGAGGCGGUGCGCCAGAUGCACGAGCACGGGUACAUUGACUGCACCGAUGUCGAUUCCCUGGAGGAAGAGAUGUGGCGGUACGGGAGGGAGGCCGCGAGCAAGCAAGACAACCGAACGUUCACCACCGCUAGCCUGGUUCGUGUCGUGCACUCAAGCGCUGUCCGGUGA